AUGAUAAGCAAUUUGUCGAACAGUUUAAGGGCAUUAAUAAUUUCUCUUCAAUCUAGCCCCUCAGCCAAGAAGAAAUCCGAUACUAAUAAGAAGAAACGAGGCAUCGCCCAUGAAAAGAAACGAGACCCUAGUACUGAUAAGAAGAAACGCGACCUCACCGAUGAUAAGAAGCGAAACCCAAAGGUUUUUCGAAUGUUUCUUGAUUUUCCAGAAAAAGAUAAGAACAAGUGUGGUGUGGACUUACAUGUAAGUUCAGCAUCACGAGCGAACCCGAAUAUUACCUUAUGGAAAACCGAGAAGAUGAAGGAAGAUGAGACGAUCAUCGAAGCGAAGAAUAAAGAAAGGGCAAAGAUAGUUAGAGACAGCGAGGGAGGGCGGCAUACGACAACGACAAACUUCAUCAUCUUCUUCUACUACCUGGCGGUGUGUGAUUCUCGGCGACGACGUGAUUAG